AUCCUCGUUGUGUUCGCAGUAAAAGACAUACGCCUGCCAGUCCUGUUUCUAUAGGGAACAUGUCUGACUCCUCAAUUCGCAAUCAGUCUCUUGACUUGUGACUACACGCGUCGCAUAUAUUCCUGUACUGAAAGCACCAACCACAACUAUGAUAUUUGUCUGAAGCUUGAUCUACAAGUAGAAAAUUGCUGGAGUCGCGCCUUACGCAAUGACGUCGAACAUCCCCAAAUUUGCGAGCUUCCGGCCAAAGCCCAAGGCCGCCCCAGAGCCACCCAAGGAACCCCAACACCAUGAGAAAGCCGAACGAUCGCCAAAAGAAAAACGUUCUACCAAGGGGAGGUCACCAUCGCCAAAUCGACAUGUUCGCGGGCACGAGUCAAGCAAAGACAGGCCCUACUUCAGCGACCGACGCGGAGAUCCCGAAGUACUGCGGUAUGGAACAAUGCACCGUUAUGACAUCCCACCCUACCGUCGCUUCGGUCAUGGCUUCAUACUAGGACUUUCUGUAAACCAAAAGAUCGAUAGAGAGUACUCAACGGAUCGAAAAAUACUAGUGACGCCAGCGACACGAAGGCGGCAAGAGCGACUGCUGACUAGCAAGCGUGCGAACAAGUCGAGUGAGCGCGCGUUGCGGCUGCUGAAGGCCGAGGUCCCCGAUGUGGAUCACUCUCAGGACUUUCUGUCAUUGUCUGCAAACGCAAAGAGGAAGCGCGAUGACAGUGAAGAUGAAGAUGCCGAGAUGGAGCCUAGGACAGACUACCGCGGCAUCGAAGGGCCAAAGUCAACAGAGCCUGUGGAUCCAGACACGCAAUAUGAGUCGGACCCGGAUGUUACAAUCGACACUGAAGUCACGUGCAAGAACUCGCAGCUCGCGCGGCAGACGAAACAGCAUCCUGGAGAUCUCCAAAGCUGGCUGGACUUGAUCAAACACCAAGAAGCCAUGCUAAAGCUCGAAAGGCCAUCUGCUGAGCUGACUGCAUCUGACAGAGCACAUCUUGCUGAUAUACGUAUCUCCACAUAUGAGGAGGCUUUGAAAAAGAUCGGCGGGGAUCAAGACAGCAAGCUGAAACUGUACAAAGGACUGCUGGAAGAAGCAGGAAGGGCCUGGGAUGGCGCCAGACUGACCAGCAAAUGGAAUGACGUGCUUGCGAAGCAUCCGCAGAGCGUGGAGCUAUGGAUGAAGUAUCUUGACUUUGUGCAGUCACGCUUCACCAGUUUCAAGUUUGAGGAGUGUCGGGCGACCUUCUUCAAAUGCAUCGAGUCUCUUCGUACAACCAAAAGCGAAGUGUCUGUGGAACAAACCUUGCAUAUACUACUGCGUUUGACAUCUAUGACACACGAUGCAGGAUACCAGGAACUCGCUCUCGCCGUGUGGCAAGCUGUACUCGAACAUCAUUUGCUACAACCAGAAGUAGACACAGACCUUCAGGCUUUCAAGCAGUUCUGGGAAAGCGAAGUGUCUCGCAUCGGUGAGCCUGGGGCAAAGGGAUGGAAGCAUAGCAACACAGAUGAUGCGCCGCCCCCAGGUCCUCCGUCUCCGCACGAGAAAGAAGCAUCAGAUGCUGUUUUCGAAGAUUUUCGAAGGCGCGAAGUGGAGGCUACGUCGGUGUUACGACUCCCUGGUCGCACGUCAGACGAUGUAGCAGAGGAUGAUGCAUUUCACACAAUCUUCUUCUCUGAUGUCGAGCCAUACCUGGCUAUCAUCUCGCCUGACACACCAGCAAUACUGAUCAUUGAAGCUUUCUUGUGUUUCUGCGGCCUGCCGACUUUACCACAUCGCACACCACAACAACGUACCUGGUGGUCUGAUCUGUUCUUGCAGCGCUAUUGGCACUCUACUUCUCCGGACACCGACGAUUCUACGCAACUCACAAAAACCAUCAAACGCUUCUCGAACUAUUCAGCAAAACACUCCCAGAUGACCACGGAGCUCCUAUUCGAGCAAAGCUUCUCACUAGAUGGCAUCAGACUUGACGCGGACUUCAUCAGGCGCUUGCUCAAGCUCCUAGCUUCAGACAUUUCCAGCGAUGAUAUUAUAGGAGAGUAUCUGCUAGCUUUCGAAUCGAAACACUUCCCAGUGGAAGUGUUCAAGUCCGCGAAGCGAUUACUCAAAGCGCGUCCGUCAAGCUUGCGCUUGUAUAACGCCUAUGGAAUAGUCGAAUCGCGUCUAGGUAACUCUGUCAAAGCAGAUCAAGUGUUUGGAAUGGCGCUGUCUAUGCAGAAAGGAGACAGUGUGCUCUCAUUACCUUGGAGUUUGGAACUUUUCAGUAACUGGGUAUGGGAAGCACUCAGACGGGGAGAACACAGCGAAGCCUUAUGGCGGCUCGUCUCACCAAAGGGUAGCCUUCCAGCCGGCGCAGCCAAAGACUCACACCCCGACAACACUCUUCUUGAGACAGCACAUCUAACCCUCAGCCAAAAAAGCGAACACGCCCUACUCCAUCACGACUACACGACAGCAAUAACAAGCACCUCCCUCCUCGCCCUCCUAACCUACCUCACCCACAACAACUCCGCAUCACAAGCCCUCGAACUCCACGCCAAUCUCACCUCAUGGUUCACAUCGCACCAUCUCUCCACCUCCGCCGUCGCAGAACUCCACGUCCAAUCCAUCGCCAACCUCCUCACCCACCACACCGCCCACGCCCCCAUCGUCAAACCCUCUCUCACCCGCUCCACUCUUGAGCCGCUCAUAUCCCGCUUCCCAACUAACACGAUUCUCCUCGCGCUCUAUGCCGCAAACGAAGCCCGCUUCUCUGUCGACGACCGCGUACGAGGUAUCAUGCACCAGAACGCCUUGCAGAACCCCGAAGAAAGGAGUAUACCAGGCUGGGCCUUUGCCAUACACUACGAAACCCUCAAGGGAGAAAUUGCAGGUUCGACCACGCAUUCCAUCCGUGCAUUGUACAAGCGCGCCACGGAGUCCACGACUGGAUCUCGGUGUCCAGCACUGUGGAAAGCGUACGUGGAGUUUGAAAUGCGGUGUCUACGUGAGGAGUCGGCGAGACAACGAGCGAAUAAGAGACCGCGUAGGGAUGGCAAGAAGAGUAGAUGGGAGGUGCGGGUUGAGGAGGCGGAGCAACGGGUUAGAGACACGUUUUACGCUGGAUUGAGGAAUUUGCCGUGGUGUAAGGAGUAUAUUAUGCUCGCUUUUACGGAAGCAAGAGAUGUGUUUGGUGAGGAGGAUAAGGGAAGGUUGUAUAGGGUCAUGAUGGAGAAGGAGUUGAGGCUUUAUGUUGAGUUGGAUGCCGAGGAUGUAUAGAUGAAGUGAAGGGUGCAGUAGAUUGGAUAGUCAGACGUGUUAGCGUAAGCAUGAGCGAAGAAGCUGAUAAUGGCCAUCUUGUACGGGGAGGCUUUUUUGAACAAAAUAUAUAACCAUGUACAUUAAUCGCCCGUAUCUAUCCUAC